AUGGAGGAACUGUCGGAUGCUUUACCAGGUAUAAAAAGUAAGCUGGACCUGUGUAUUACCUCUAUGGAGAGUAAAGAACUACCAAGAGUCCAACGUUGUAUCGAACUUACGGAACAGAGGCUCAUAGACAACGCCAAGCAUAUCAAAGAUAUCGUCUGUGAGAUGAAAUCCCAAGGUGACAAAUGUAAGGACGAGAUCGACGAUAUGGUCGAUGAUUGCGUGUCGAUAUGUGAUUCGUUAGGAAAGGAAAACACGGAGCUGUUGAUCAGUUACUUGGCAGAACACCAGAAGCAAUUGCGGGAGUUGACGGAUCAGAUCAAACGUCGGCGCCAAGCCUUACUAACGGGAUCUAACGUCGCCAUGUUUGACGCCCUGUGUGAUGUGCCGAACUACGAGACAGUCGACUGGCCAUCUCUACACACGGCCCAGUUCAGUCCCUGUAAGGUCGUCAAAGACCUUCUUAAACAAGCUCUGGGCCAGCUAACUACCUCAUUGGACAGUAAACUACUGUUGCUUAAAAACUGUCGCUCUACCCAGGAACGUCAUGUAUCAAACGGCGUUCACGAAAGACCGACAAAGGAACCACAAUCGACUACUGAUGAAAAAAGUACACAGAAGUCGACAGAUAGGAUACUUGUAUCCCAAGAGCCGUCCAUCGAAAUCAUCUCAACCGUGCUUCCACCUCCCCAGCAACCUGUCGGUCUGCGAUCUGGCCGCCAUCCACCCCGACCAGUGUCAGAAAGAGGGAGAGGAAAAUCACCAAGUCCCCCAAACAGACACCACCAACGGCCACCUCCACGACCAUAUAUUUUGAAGCGUAGAAAUUCUGUUGAAGCGCCUUCUUCCAUCCACCGGUUCCUUACGGCUCGCCCAUCUACGUCUUCUGAUAUACGUCCAGUAAUAACAGUCAAAUCCUCACCACAAAGACGAGACACGCACGCGACCAUGUCGGUAUCUAGGCGACAUAACCGUCGAUCGAUGAGCUUACCCUUAGGACAGAAGCCUGAACCUCCAUCCAGCGAUUUGUCUCCAUCACUUCUGCACGCCAUCCUGUCUUCAUCACGUGACAUUGAACCUAACGAUUCUUCGCCACAAAAAACUGAACUACACUGUUCUGAAGAAUCCUCAAACAUUGAACCACAAAUCCACAUUGUGCCUUCACAAAACUGUGAAUGGCAAGUCACAGAAGGGAUAUCACAGAGCUCUGGUAACCAGCUGCCUACUUCUUAUCAUGAACCGGAAACCUCCGAGGUGUCACCUCCGCAGCCCGAACGUAGGACUCAAUCACAAAGAACCGUCCAUCAUCCUGUCAUUUUGUCACAGUUCCCAUCGCCAUGUGCAGUCACGUCCAUCUGCCUCACAUCCGACGGUCACGCGUGGACAUGUAACGAGGAGUCGAGAGUUCUUACUCAACUGGACAAUGCGGGUGACGUCAUUAAAACAGUCUCCUGUAAAGCAAACGUGAAUGAUAUCAGUAUGUCGAAUAAAACCCACCACUUGUGGUACUGCACGUGGAAGUGCCGCGUUGUAGAACUAGAUCCUGAAACAGACACACGUAUACGCCGUUUCACUACAGAAAUAUGGCCGCGCUGCGUGUGUGUAACUGACAAAGAAGAAAUCCUUGUUGGCGCGGAAAAGAAAAUCACGCUUUAUACCACAGACGGUAGCGUGAUUAUGACAACCGACACCGAAAUGUCUGGGGUAAUACGUCCAACACGUCUUACACAAUGUCCACUGACUGGGAACAUUGCCUUCCUAGAAAAAUCCAGCUCUCGCUGUGAUGGUCAAGACAAUGGCCACGUUGUUGUCCUUAGCAAUGAUUUAUCAGUGAAAUUCCGUUAUACAGGAGAUUGUGAUACAUCGCAAUCAGUCGAGUCGUCUUAUUUUGAUCCGUUUGAUAUAAAGUAUGACGACAAAGGCUGUCUGUUGGUAGGAGAUUUUACCAGCAAUACUGUGGAUCUAAUCACCGGAACAGGAAAUCACAGUCGGACGUUACUGACAGACACCGGAAGUUCUCAGGCGAUUGGGAUACACACUGAUGGCGUCAUAUGGGCAGCGUUUAAAAAUGAUAAAGAUGUGUCGCACGUUAAGAUCCUUAGAUAUUAA